AUGGCAAAUAAUCAGAAUAAUCAGAACAACCAAAAUAAUCAGAUAGCUAAUAUUUCAAGACAGAUUGUCAAUGGAAAUAACUUACAUGAAUUUGCGCCUAGAGACGUACAAAUUUUUGCGAUACGUUGGGAUCAACCACGAACAUUAUCUGGAUAUGAUAUAAUAAAGCUUAAAAUUGGUCCAAUUUGUAACACACUUCUUAUUUUCGAUCUUGAAGUUAUUGAGCAAAUUACGCUUUAUAUUUGGGAACACCUUACAACACUUGAAGAACAGGACAUUCACACGAAUAUUGCCUUCCGUGUGAACGAAUAUAAAAGGGUGAAUCGCUAUAUCUUUGGGCCACCAGCUCCAGGUUUAAUGAGAUAUCAUGGUGUUGAGAAAAAAGAACCUGAAGACUUGCCAAUGAGGCCUAUUAAACAUACGGAUGAAUCAGACAUACUCUUCCAUGGCUGUGAUUUUCCCGAUCCUGAACCGUUUUAUUUUUAUUUUAUUUAA